AUCGAUGUAUCGAUAGCGCGCUCUGUCACCGCUUUUCAGUGUACGUGGAUUUUAAUACAACUUUCACGGGCUCAAAACAAAAAAAAAUUGGCUCCUAAUGAGAAGCGGAGACUGAAAAGAACCAGAGUUCCCCAGCAAGCGAUUGUUUCAAGCCUUUUGACAGUUGGAGUUUGCGAGCCGUUGGCCAAAUUAGAUGUGCCUGUCCUGCAUCCUGAGCUGAUAAUCUAGAGUCCACCAAAAUCCCCAGCCCCUGUAUUCGGUCGAUUUAUAUAUACAUAUAUUAUUGAUAAUGGCCCCAACCCGCCGACCCAGCGAUGGCCUGCUGGCCCGUGUGAACUUCCCGCUGUACGCAGUUGACAUGCUGACCAGCCGCCAUAUCCUUGUGGCCGGAGGUGGCGGCUCCAGUAAGACAGGAGUGGCGAACGGCUUUGAGAUCUACGAGCUGUACCACAAUGGGAGCCACUUUUGCGCGGAGGAGGUGCUGCGCCACGAGACGGGGGCCAACGUGGUGAUGAACUUUGCGGUACGCAACGGUGGUAGGAGGGGAUACCUGUGUGCUGGCCAGGAGGCGCACUGCCAAAUGUACUACGUCCAGCCCCGCGUUCAGUCCGAGGAGGAAGGGAAUGGAAACGGAGUCGAGGAUGGAAAGCCCGCUGCGGCAGAACGGCCACACGAGAACGGCAAUUUGCGCCAACGCAACGCGCACUCGGGUGUAGAACCGGUGGCCAACGGGCAUAAGCAACCCCUCUCCACCUCCGACAUACUGCGGCAGUUUCAACGGCUGCGCUUCGACAUCCAGGCGGCUGAUGUCGUACAGACGGACUUCCUAAAGGGUAGCGAGCCUCUGCAGCGCGUGGUGCGCAUCAGCGGGAACGGUAGACUAAUGGCUACUGGCGGCACGGACGGAAAGCUACGGGUCUGGACAUUUCCUCAUAUGACCCUUGCCGGUGAGAUGGCUGCGCACAGCAAGGAGAUCGAUGACCUGGACUUCAGCCCCGACAGCAAAUAUAUUGCCAGCAUCUCCAAGGAUGCUCAGGGCUUGAUGUGGGACCUGGGCAGCGGUCAGCUGCAGCACAAGCUGCAGUGGAAAACGCCUGAGGGGGCCAAGUACCUGUUCAAGCGGUGCCGCUUCGGAACCGUAGAGGCCCAAAAGGACCACUACCGGCUCUUUACCAUCGCGAAUCCUUUGGGAAAGGUGGGGCGGCAGCGUGGAUUUCUACAGCACUGGGAUUGCGCCAGCGGGAAACUGCGGCAGGCUGUUACUAUCGACGAGAGCCUUUCGUCACUGGCGGUGCGAGAUGAUGGGCGAUUUGUUGCCGUCGGCACGAUGUUUUCGGGAAGCGUAUCCAUGUACAUAGCAUUUAGUCUGCAGCGUGUGCUCCACAUUCCCCAUGCACAUUCUAUGUUUGUGACGGGACUUCAGUUUCUACCCAUCACCAACGAGGAGGGACCGCCCAUCUCCAGCGACACGGAAGCAGCCGUUCUGUCCAUUUCUGUGGACAACAAAGUUUGCAUCCAUAGUCUGCCCCAAAGACGUACAAUACCCGCCUGGAUUGGAAUUGCCUUUUUGAUCGUCAUGAUUUUCGCGGUUUUUGUGCUGUGCUCCUACAUUGGCAUCUGAUGUUCAGCCGCCAAAAGGGUGUUUAAUUAAUUUACAUUAUUAGUUUUAAAACAGGGUUUAGUUUUUCAAUAACCCACAAGUCCCUUCAACACUUCACCUCAUCCCACCCUCCCUCAUGUUAAUUAAUUUAAGUGUAUAGUUUGUGCCGGAUGCCUUAUCUCUUAUAACAAUUAAAAUGUUUGCUUAGUUUUAUCAUAAUUUUGCUUAUCUUUGUAGCAUCCGUAAAUGAAGCGAUGCUCGCUGUACAUGAUUAAAAAAACAAUUUUAUUUCAUAA